AAUCCGCGUAGAAACAUCAAUAGCUAUGCUGUCAGUUUGCGUUGCCGCGGCCCUUGUCCGCACCCUUCCCCGACGGACUGGAUUUGUUUCCAAAAAUGUUUAUGCUGCUGCAUGUGUAGGAGCCAGGCACCUGCACAACACAAAGCCAUGGAUGGCCAAGAAGGGAACAGCAGAGGUCUCAUCCAUUCUGGAGGAGAAGAUCCUGGGGGCUGACACUAGCGCUGACCUGGAGGAGACUGGUCGCGUGCUGUCCAUCGGUGACGGUAUUGCCAGAGUGUACGGUCUCAGGAACGUGCAGGCUGAGGAGAUGGUGGAGUUCUCCUCUGGGCUUAAGGGCAUGUCUCUGAACUUAGAGCCCGACAAUGUCGGUGUUGUGGUGUUCGGUAAUGACAAGCUUAUCAAGGAGGGCGAUAUUGUCAAGAGAACCGGAGCCAUCGUGGACGUGCCCGUCGGUGAACAGCUGCUGGGUCGUGUGGUGGACGCUCUGGGAAAUGCCAUCGACGGCAAGGGUCCCCUUGGGUCCAGCAUCCGUAGGCGUGUGGGUCUUAAGGCCCCUGGCAUCAUCCCCCGUAUUUCUGUGAGAGAGCCCAUGCAGACUGGCAUCAAGGCCGUGGACAGCCUGGUGCCCAUUGGCCGAGGUCAGCGUGAGCUGAUCAUCGGUGACAGGCAGACUGGCAAAACCGCCAUUGCCAUCGACACCAUCAUCAACCAGAAGCGCUUCAACGACGGCACUGAUGAGAAGAAGAAGCUGUACUGCAUCUACGUCGCCAUUGGUCAGAAGAGAUCCACCGUGGCCCAGCUAGUGAAGAGGCUGACUGACGCCGACGCCAUGAAGUACACCAUCGUGGUGUCCGCCACAGCCUCCGAUGCCGCUCCCCUGCAGUACCUGGCCCCUUACUCUGGCUGCUCCAUGGGAGAGUUCUUCAGAGACAACGGAAAGCACGCCCUCAUCAUCUACGACGAUUUGUCCAAGCAGGCUGUGGCUUACCGUCAGAUGUCCCUGCUGCUACGUCGUCCCCCCGGUCGUGAGGCCUACCCCGGGGAUGUGUUCUACCUCCAUUCUCGUUUGCUAGAGAGAGCAGCCAAGAUGAACGAAAACUUCGGAGGCGGGUCCCUCACCGCCCUGCCUGUCAUUGAGACCCAGGCCGGUGACGUUUCUGCCUACAUUCCAACCAAUGUCAUCUCCAUCACAGACGGACAGAUAUUCUUGGAGACUGAGUUGUUCUACAAAGGUAUUCGACCAGCCAUCAACGUAGGUCUGUCUGUGUCACGUGUCGGCUCUGCCGCCCAGACCAAAGCCAUGAAGCAGGUGGCUGGUACCAUGAAGCUGGAGCUGGCCCAGUACCGUGAGGUGGCUGCCUUUGCACAGUUUGGUUCCGAUUUGGACGCUGCCACCCAGCAGCUUCUGAACCGUGGUGUUCGCCUUACUGAGCUCCUCAAGCAGGGGCAGUACUGCCCCAUGGCCAUUGAGGAGCAGGUUACAGUCAUCUAUGCUGGUGUGAGGGGACACUUGGACAAAAUGGACCCAACCAAGAUCACAAAGUUUGAGAAGGCUUUUCUUCAACAUGUUCUCAGCCAGCACCAGGACCUCCUAGCACAAAUUAGAGCUGAUGGCAAAAUCUCAGAAACCGCAGAUGCCCAGCUUAAGCAGAUCGUCUUGACCUUCCUGGCAAGCUUUGAGUAGUCUUAUUUUUGGUCAACUAUUUUGUCAAUGUUGCAUAGUGCGGAUGUUAAACUUCAAAAACAAAUCUGAAAAUAAAGUGGUAUUCGAUAUUACUGUACAGAUGUCCUCUAACAGAGAAUAAAGUCUUUCUACUCCAGGA